AUGAAAUCCAUCGGAAAAUGCCUUGAACUGUAUAUUCAGAAGGUUCAGGAGCACACCAUUGUAAUGGAGAAGGAAAAGGUUGAGUUUGAGAAUGGCAAAAGACAUUUGGCCAACAUUAUGGGUUGGUCUCCUGAGAUGAAGGUGACUCAGUUCGAGAUUGACAGAGCGAUCGAGUACUUGUUUCCAUCUGGGUUGGGACCAAGAUCCAGACCUGUAAUGAAGCCACCAGAGGAGAUUUUGGUGCAGUUGAAUAAAUUUAGCUUUAACGAUGAAGGUCGGCCCACAGAUUCCUUGUUUUUCACGCUUCGGCCGCGCUUCUACGGGCUUAUGUCGGUGAGUUGGCUUUUGAUGUUGAGUUUAUUGUUUUAGGAAGUAAGAUUAAUGGUUUUGGAAGAUUAUUUAAACACCGUUUAAUUGUUUCUUGACUUUCUUGCUUUAGGACAUUGGAUUAAAGACGCAGCGAUUGACAAAUUACCACGAUGAGAGAAUGUUGAACGGACUUCCGUUACCUAAACCUUCAGAAGAGUUUAAUUUGGGUGGAUCUAUGUGGCUUUUGAAGGAUGAUCUUUCUAAGAAGCUAAAUGAACGGAUCAGUGAUGAUAUGGUACGUAUUCAGUUUUUUAUUAAGAAGAGUAAAAUUACUUUCACCAUAGCUAUAUAAUAGUUUUGUAGUGUUAUGUAAACUUGUCUGUAAUAUACUAAUUUAUGUAUAGGCUAAUUUAAUUUAAAGUUGUUCUGGUAAUCAAAGUAUUUUUUACAGUAUGCGCAGUUGAUUUUGGCAUUUGAGCACCUAGUAUCCUUACCAUUAGCUCACUUAGAGCACGGUUUCAUUAUGGAAUACAGAACUGGUAUGAGUGCGGGGACAAAGUCAGAAUUGUUCGGACCUCCAAUCCCUGACGUCGAAUUGGAUCCAGCAAAUAAUGUCAGGUUUGCUGUUGGCACAGGUAUAGUAAAGAGGACUUCUGUUACCGCUAAAGUAUCUGAUGCUGGAACAGGACUGUAUACUGUUAACGGACUACCUCUAAGCGCGUAUCAAGCUAUUGUUUCUAGGUAAGAGUUGUUUUUUCAAUUAUUAAAUUAUUUUUCUUAUUUUUUAGUUAGAAAAGACUUUUAUUUUAUCUGUCUUGGAUUUUAGAGAAAACUUUUUGGCGCCCCUAAUAAUCACUGAUAAAUUGGCUACAGUCGAUGUGGAUGUUCAGAUUGUGAAGAGUCCAGGUGGAGUUUCUGCCAUUCCACGAGCUGCGAGACAUGCUGUAGCCUUAUCUAUUGCCGCGUUGUACCCGGACACAAAGAACAUGUUACGGUUAGGUAUGAUGUUAUCCUUUUGUUUUAACUUGUUGUUGUCGGUUUGUUUUGAUAGAAAUUUGAAAAUAUGCAAAGCUUUUUGAACAUUCAAUUUACAGCCGGCUUGCUAACACAAGAUCCGAGAAGGAAGGAGAGGAACAAGGUCAAUCAGCCGGGUGCCAGAGCAAAAUGGAUUUGGUAUGUUUUACUUAGUAUAGUUGGGAUUACGUCACUGUAAUGUCUUACUGAUUUUUUUAUAAUUACAGGGUAAAAAGUUAGAACGCUUUAAUUUUGUUUCCUGAAAGUAUGUUAUUAUAAAGUUACUUUGUCACCUAAUCGUUUAAAUUUUUCAGGAAACGACGUUGA